UUGAUGGGGGGAGUGGUGGAAAUCUGCUGGUUCUGUCCUGGGGGAUCAGGUGAGGACAGAUUUGACAACUGUGUGGCCUUUACCAAUCUUCACGGAGAUGCCAGGGAGCAUAAGCAGCAGCUGGCCUUUCUGCAGGAGGUCUCCUCUCUCAUUGUGAUCCUCAUGUCAGCUUCUGACGAGAGUAAAGAAAACCAAACACUUGUCAGAGACCUGUGCCAGUCAUCAAGACCUUUGGUCUGCUUGCUUGAUGACAAGGAAAAGGUCAUACCCAAUAAUUCUGGCAGAAGAGUAAGAAUUGGGAUCAAGAAUAGAAAUGAGGCAGAAUUAACAGAAGAACUGACAGCUGCCAUCACACAUUUGCUAGAGCUCUCUGACGCUGCUCUCAGCUUAGAGGACUGUUCCCAGAUUGCUUGUGAACAAGGAUUUCUUGUUGAUGAAGACCAGAUAGACUGCAAGGAAGCCAAAGAAAAGGCAGAAGCUAUAAUAGCCCUCCUAGCAGAAUCAAAGUUAUCUCAGAUAAAGGAAAAUUUACUACCCCUUCAGGGACAACUUUGGCCCCUUUGGUGUAAAAAGGACAAAGAAUUCUAUCAUCUGAGAGAAAAAGGAAAUCGGAGCAUUGAACAGCACAAGAGUGAGAUUGAGACAGAUAAAAGAAUAAUUCGAUGUCAGCAGUUGGAAAAAGCCUUUCCUCUCAAUGAUUUGAUGCGCUCUGUCCUUGAAAUUCUCCAAGAAUAUUCAGGAACUCACAACAAUCUCUACUUCUUGCAGUGGCUGACUCUGUUUUUGGACAACCUGACUACAGAACACUUGGAAAGGUUGCGUGAAAAGCAAAGAGCUCUGUGGUUAAUGGUACAAACAGAAAAGCAAAAGGCACAAAAGACCAACUGCUUGAAACUCUGGCAAAGUCAGAUAGAAGCCAUCUCCACG